UCUCUCGCCGUGAGUUUUGCUACAUACAACUUAUCACUGUCACGCAGCGGACUCGCAACAUUCGCCUAAUAAUUUCAUUUUCCGCGUGCGGAUACGCCGCCUGAAACCCUCACCGCCGUAAUCCUCCGCUGCCCAACGUAGGAGAAAUUCUGUCCCGCACUCCCCACCUUUAAGACGCUUUUUCGCCAAACCUGAGACCUUCCACACCACACCACACAUCACACCCUCAACAUGGUUUCCGCUUCCAAGGCCGCCCGCGAGGCAAAGCGUGCUGAGAAGCCCAAGAAGACCACCACCAGCAGACUCGCUUCGAAAAAUGCGUCCAAGAACGGCUCGGAGGCUUCCUCUGUCAACGGAGACGAUGAACUCGAUGAGAACGGCAACGCCCUCCCCACCGCCAGAGAACAAAAGCUCGCCGACAAGGUCGCGCAAUUGAAGCUGCAAGAGGACCGCGAUGGUAUUUCAGACCGUGUCACAACUGGUGUUCUGGCAUCACUCCCAGCCAGCAGAGACGUCAAGAUCACAUCAGCUUCGCUCGUGUUCCACGGCAAAGUCCUCUUCAACGACACCACCAUUGAAGUCAACUACGGGCGUCGGUAUGGUCUCCUCGGAGAGAACGGCUGCGGAAAGUCCACUUUCCUCAAGGCCGUCGACAAGCGCGAAUUUCCCUUCCCCGACCACCUCGACAUUUACCUGCUCAACGAGGGAGCCGAGCCAUCCGAUUCUGGCGCCCUCGAGUGGGUGGUGAACCAAGCCGAGAGUGAGAUGAAGAGAUUGGAAGAUCUUGCGGAGAAGAUCCUCGAAGACGAGGGUCCGGACAGCCCAAAGCUUGAGGAUAUCUACGAGCGUAUCGAUGGCAUGGAUCCGUCUACCUUCCACACCCGCGCUUCUCUUAUCUUGACUGGUUUGGGUUUCAACAAGAAGACAAUGGACAAGAAGACGAAGGACAUGUCCGGUGGAUGGCGUAUGCGUGUGGCUCUCGCAAAGGCCCUGUUCGUCCGUCCAUCGCUGCUCUUGCUCGAUGACCCCACUGCCCAUUUGGAUUUGGAGGCCUGCGUGUGGCUGGAGGAGUACCUCAAGAAGUGGGACCGCACACUCAUCUUGGUUUCCCACUCCAUGGAUUUCUUGAACGGUGUCUGCACAACCAUGAUUGACAUGCGCGAGAAGUCCAUCAUGUACUUUGGUGGUAACUACGACUCAUACAUCAAGACCAGGAGCGAACUCGAGGUCAACCAGCAAAAGGCCUACGAGAAGCAGCAAGACGAGAUCAAGCAUAUCAAGGAGUUCAUCGCCAAGGCCGGUACCUACGCCAACUUGGUGCGUCAGGCAAAGUCUCGUCAGAAGAUUCUCGACAAGAUGGAGGCAGACGGUUUCAUUCAGCCAGUGCACCAGGACCGUGUCUUCUCUUUCCGCUUCGCAGAUGUCGAGAAGCUCCCACCACCUGUGCUCUCCCUGGACAACGUCACCUUCUCGUACUCUGGAAAAGCCUCGGACAACCUCUACGAGCACCUCGACUUCGGUGUCGACAUGGACAGCAGAACCGCACUCGUCGGACCCAACGGUGUCGGCAAGUCGACUCUUCUCCGCAUCUUCACUGGCAAGCUCUCUCCCACAUCCGGCUCCGUGUCCCGACACACCCACUUGAAGCUCGGCAUGUACAGCCAGCACUCCGCUGAGCAGCUCGACCUGACCAAGUCUGCCCUCGACUUCGUUCGCGACAAGUACCCCGCCAUCUCUCAAGACUACCAAUACUGGAGACAACAGCUCGGAAAGUACGGUCUUUCUGGAGAGUCUCAGACUGCCGUCAUGGGCACUCUUUCCGAAGGACAGAAGAGCCGUAUCGUGUUCGCACUGCUCGCUAUCGAGGGACCAAACAUGUUGCUUCUGGACGAGCCUACCAACGGUCUGGACAUUCCCACAAUUGACUCGUUGGCUGAUGCCAUCAACGCCUUCUCUGGUGGUGUAGUCGUCGUUUCCCACGACUUCAGACUACUUGACAAGAUCGCAAAGGACAUCAUGGUGUGCGAGAACAAGACCGUCACGCGGUGGGACGGCAGCAUUGGCGAGUACAAGGGCCACCUCAGGAAGAAGAUGUUGGCAGCUGGAGGUGUCUAAAUUCGGACACUCACUAGGUCUGGCAACACGAAUGAACUGCAUGCAUGAUGACGGCACUGGGACAGCAACGAGUAGACUUACCGUGCCAUUAUGCCGCAUCAUAGGAUGCGUGGGCUCCGUCAAGCACUCGACUGCAUUGGAUGGGAUAGAAGUGGUUUCGCGGCGUUUUCUGAUAGAUACCAAAAGAAUGAAAGUGCUCUUUUCAGAUG